GUGCCCCCUCGGUGCCACCCGUGUCCCCACGCGCAGCGUCGCAGUACGCGGACAAGGCUCUGCGGAGGUGCUGCGAGGACGGGAUGAGGGAGAACCUGAUGGACUACAGCUGUGAGCAGAGGACACACUACAUCCAGGAGGGAGAGAAAUGUGUCCAAGCCUUCCUCGACUGCUGCACACACAUCAAGACCAUCCGCGACCGCAAGCGUCUCCAGCACUCGCAGCAGCUCGCACGAAGCGACGAGGACGACCUGUUCAUGGCCGAGCACGACAUCGUCUCACGGAGCCUCUUCCCCGAGAGUUGGCUGUGGCAGGUGGAGCAGCUCACUGACAGCCCCGACAACCUGGGGGUCUCAAAAAAGAUUCUGCCUGUGACCCUGAAGGACUCCAUCACCACCUGGGAGGUUCUGGCCAUCAGCCUCUCGCCCAACAAAGGGCUGUGUGUGGCUGACCCUUACGAGAUCACAGUGAUGAAGGACUUCUUCAUCGACCUGCGCCUGCCCUACUCGGUGGUGAGGAACGAGCAGGUGGAGAUCAGAGCCAUCCUCUACAACUACUGGACCAGAGACAUCACGGUGCGCGUGGAGCUGAUGUACAACCCAGCCCUGUGCAGUGCCUCCACCUCCAAGCAGCGCUACCAGCAGAUCCUGAAGAUCAAGAGUGGGUCCUCGCGCACGGUGUCCUUCGUCAUCGUCCCCCUGAAGCUGGGGCUGCACGACAUUGAGGUCAAAGCGGCUGUCCGGGGAGAACUGGUAGCUGACGGUGUCAGGAAGAAGCUCAAAGUUGUGCCUGAAGGGAUGAGGAUGGAGAAGACAGUGAAGGUCAUUGAGCUGGACCCACAGAAAAAGGGAGUCA